UGCAGGACUGACGCUUUGUUUCUCUCUCGCACAUCGGACCGUCACCUCAAAUGUUGGACGCACUGUGGCCCGCUUCUUCUUACUGACACCUCUUGUUUGUAAGCUCCAGGGAAUGGGACUGCAUGCUUCGAAUAAAAUGGGAUUUUAAUGCUGCAAACAGCGGACUCUGUAGCCUGUGCGCAGCCGGGGGACUGUAGCGCGCUUGGUAAUGUUUGCCAAGGAAUAAAACGGUGUAGCCGAAGGUGCGUAACAUCUCGUUUCCAUGGACAACACGUCCAUAAUAACACAGGUUGCAAAUCCGAAAGAGGAGGAGAGCAUUUCUUCAAGCCAAGAUAAAGUCUCCCAGUCCAACAGCAGCCUAAAGAAGCACCGGAGCCGGAGCAUUUUCAGCCCCUUCUUCUGCUGCUUCCGCAACUACAAUGACUACCACGUGGAGCCACCACCUGCCAACAACAAGACACUUUCUCUGCCCCCGCCACCAGAGGAGAAUGGCAGUCCUCCUAAGUGUGACCAGGUCCAGAUCAUCCCCAUCCCCAGUCCUCCAGCCAAGUUCCUCCUGCCAGAGGUCAGUAUAGAAGACUACGGCAAGAACUGUGUCGUGAUCGACCUGGACGAAACCCUCGUACACAGCUCCUUCAAGCCCAUUAGCAAUGCAGACUUCAUCGUUCCAGUGGAGAUUGAUGGGACUGUUCAUCAGGUGUAUGUGCUGAAGAGGCCCCAUGUGGAUGAGUUCCUCCAGAAGAUGGGGGAGCUCUUUGAAUGUGUCCUCUUCACAGCAAGCUUAGCCAAGUAUGCUGACCCUGUGGCAGAUCUGCUGGACCAGUGGGGGGUGUUUCGUGCACGGCUCUUCAGGGAAUCCUGUGUUUUCCACAGAGGAAACUACGUCAAAGACCUCAGCCGGCUGGGCCGAGAGCUCAGUAAAGUCAUCAUCAUAGACAACUCACCUGCCUCCUACAUCUUCCACCCGGAGAAUGCGGUCCCCGUGCAGUCCUGGUUUGAUGACAUGACAGACACAGAGCUGCUUGACCUGAUUCCUCUGUUUGAGGGCCUCAGUACAGAGGAGGACGUUUACAGCCUGUUACAGAGCCUGAGGAACAGGUAGCAGACGGUGGCUCCAGCUGGCCCUUCCUGCCUCAGCCCCCGCUGCACAGAGGCCUCACCUCGCUGCCACGGCCCUGCAGCUCGGCUCCCGUCCAGCUCUGGGGGUCCCAGCGCAACUCCCAAUCGGGGAACUUCAGGCAAAUGAUCUAUAAUCACAUCUAGAAAGAAUAACCAUUUCUGGACUCUUGGACUCUUUGUACAGGACUCUGCUAACAAAAGAUUAUAUUACUGUAUGUACAUACUAUAUGUUUCUAAAAGCAAGACAUACUUAAAGUAAUUUUUCUAUCAGAGAUAGGAGGUUUUACUAUUCUAUCAAGUAAUAUUUUAGUUACCAAAAAUAAUCAGACACAGAGAAUUUUUUUCUUCUUUUUUUUUCUCCGAGAAUGGGUGAUCUUUUGUUUUUUUGUGUUGAGCUGUGCUAUGCAGGCUGUUGUUUCUUGUCUGACCUUUCGUUUAAACAACUGUGAUUUAUCUUCUCUUACAGAAUGAAGUGCCUUCAUUACUGUGCUGAUUUUGUUGUGUAGGGUAUGGGGUGCACAUUUUUAUGCUGCAUAUUUUACUCAAAUCUCCAAAAGCGUAUAAACUAAAUAUCAAAACUGAAGUUGAAAUAAGUAUUUGGUAAUUGUGAUUUGAUUUAAGAAAACAGAAGAACCUCCUGAAAAAAAUGAUCCAACUAGCCUGUUAGACCUGAAUGAUUCUUUACGUUUGAGUUUAGUGACAUUGAAUUGUUAAAUUUACCAAAGAUUUUUACAAUUCAAUGUGACUUGAUCCUUGACAGUGACUGUAAAUCGAUGAUCCUUCAAGACAUUGAAACCCCACUUUAUUAUAGAAAAAAAAGAAACCUUUGUGAUGAUGUCACCGUCCACCGAUAAAUGUUAAACCGUUUGAGGAAAAUAUAAUGAUUAGCUUAGAUUAUAUGAAAUUCUAUUUAUUGGGGUAAAGGGGUUUGGGUGCAUUGUAAAGAAUGCUGUUGAAAUCGUACUGUACAACAUUAUUAAAGUUGCAGGUUUGCACACUGUCA